UAUUACACAUUGAUUACACUCACUCGUAUUUCAUAUGUCACAACGAUUCACCGGUACGUAUGCUAUGAGUCAUAGAUUUUGUCACUGUUGAUCACAUUUACUUAAAGGUCGUUUGGACUCCGCCCAAGUCUCAUGUACUGAGGAAAGAGGUUCACUCAACUUCUGUUCUUCCGAUGUAAAAUUAGCUAGCUUGUUAACAAUAGCAGCCCAAUUUCUCAAAAACUGUAAAUCUACCAUCUCUGAUUGCACCAGACUGCUGCUCACGGACAGAAGAGAUGGACUUCAACGACCAAUAUCCAGAUAAAGGAACAGGAGAAAUCAUACCAGGAUUACGCUAAGAAGUGGCAGCCACAGAUGAUUGAAGCCUUUGACAUCGCCAGUAGAAACAUGGAGAAAUCAACAGCAAAGGGAAAAGCCUACUACGAUCGGAAGAAAAUGAGUUGGGUUCUGGUCUCAGGGGAUCGUGUACCGGUGAGGAACAUGUCAGAACGUGGGGCGCCGGGAAAGCUAAGAUCACACUGGGAGGACCAAAUACAUGUGGUGGUAACCAGGAAAUGUGAUGACAGCCCUGUCUAUGAGGUCAAACCCAAGAGGGGUACAGGCAGGGCCCGGGUUCUGCAUCGCAUUAUGCUCAUGUCAUGUAAUUCCCUACCAUUUGAGGAACCUGUUGAAACACCCAGUAGAGGUCUGUGGAGAAGGGAACCACCCCAGCAAAAUCAGCAAAAUGGGGAGAGCGCUGAGUCUAAGAGCUCAGAUGAGGAUUCUUAUCCAGUAUUCAUCAAUAGGCCACGUAGGGAUGAGGAGAGCAGACAGAGUAGCACACAACUAGUAUCAGAUAAUAGUGAGGAACGGGGUCAGACUGAUAGAAACUUCACUGUGAAGGAGUGCCAGCCAGUCCUCAGAGAGAGCCUGGAGAGGACCCGGGUAAAUAUGGAAACAGCUAAGGGUUCAGAGACUCAAUCAUCUCAUGAUGAAGUGGACACGGAUUCAUUGGGGUCACCCAUGACCUUGCCCCGCCGUUCGGCCCGGCAGAGGAGGCCCAGAGACAUUCUAACCUAUAACACUUUAGGGCUGCCAAGCUCUUCUCAGGAUACCAACUAGAGAUGUUCUGAUGUGUAUAUAUUUUCUCGUUUACCUUUACUAAUCACAGUGUGAUAAUGUUUAGUGGGGGUUUUGUCUUUGCACAUAAAGGCAGACUGGACAUGUCUAGAUAGUUAUGUGGCUGUUAGGCCAGUUUUCUCCGUUGUUCUCACGACCAGUACUUACAUCUUCUGUUUGUUUUGAAGCCAGUGAAAUGUUUGGGGGUGUUGUAAGGGGCUUAGUACAUAUGUACUUCAGCCACUAGGGGGUACUCUGGUGAAGCCCAUGGGAAAUAAAGAAAUAUAGUUUAAGUGAAUUGGGAAGAGUAAGAAUGAAAAACUAAAGAAAGACUGUAAAUGGCUGUUACCUUUGCUGACAUGAUUAAAAGUGCAGUAAACCGUACUUUUCGCGGUGUAGUUUAUAUGAUAAGCUCAUU